CGCAGGUCGGCAGCCACCGGUUCCCCUCCCCCAACCCUCCAAACCCCUAACCCAGACACCACCAGAGCCAGCAGAAGGGGAAGCGAUGCAGCAGCCGAUGCCCAUGCAGCCGCAGCCGGCGGCGGUGACCCCAGCGGCCGGAAUCACCACCGAGCAGAUCCAAAAGUAUCUGGAUGAGAAUAAGCAACUUAUUUUGGCUAUUUUGGAAAAACAGAACCUGGGAAAGCUGGCAGAAUGUGCUCAGUAUCAAGCACAGCUUCAGAAGAACCUCUUGUAUCUGGCCGCAAUUGCAGAUGCCCAACCACAGACUGCUGUAAGUCGCCCUCAGAUGGUGCCACCUGGUGCAUCGCCGGGGCUAGGGCAGUACAUGUCACAGGUGCCUAUGUACCCCCCGAGGACACCUCUAACACCGCAGCAGAUGCAGGAGCAGCAAUUGCAGCAGCAGCAGGCUCAGUUGCUAAAUUUCACUGGUCAAAUGGUUGUGAGACCUGGCAUGGUCAACGGCAUGCCUCAGCCCCUGCAAAUUCAGCAAACUCAUGCAGCUAAUCCCCAGACAUCAGCAGCAGUAAGCAAGCAAGAUGUGGGUGGCGCCACCUCGGAGCCUUCUGGCACUGAGAGCCACAGGAGCACUGGCGCUGAUAAUGAUGGUGGAAGCGACUAGGCUGAGAAGUCCUACGAACCUUAAAGGCUAGCCUUUUAGGUCGCAAAAUGCAUGUAUACUACCGAUGAACGAAGAGAGGAUCAUUCCUGUGCCCUUCAAUGAUAAGUGGCCGCGAUCUUCGCAUGGAUGCUGAUCAGUAGUUGUCACAUUUAUCUCUGCUUUCAGUUUGUAGAACAGGCGUAGAAUGUUGUAAUCUUUGUUUGCUUGUUUUUUCCAAGCUGCCCUUGUAGGCUUGUAGACAUAGGCCACAGCCAGUAUGGUCUUCAGGUGCUGGAUUCAGUUAUGAAUUAUGUUAGACAAAGUUUGAUCUCUGCAAGUCAGAAAUGGUCAUAGCACUGUGAUCUGGAGUCUCAAA